AAGAUGACACUUCCCUGCCAGCGGCUACCAAAUGACCAAAAUGUAUGUGAUACCAGCUCAGGCUAGGAGGUAGGUGAUCCCCUUUAUUGAUAGAGGCAGAGAAACCAAGUGUUAGACACUUGCCCAUGCUCAUGCAAUGAGGUGGAACAGACUAUGACAUUUUUUCAAGCCAGGGACAUCUCCCUAGGUGACCAAGCCUUCCAGCUCAUUCUCCAGACCUGCCCAGACCUGUAGUUGUUGCCCAGGAAGCUAAGGCUCCUCCCCAAACAUAAACUUGAUUAUAUAUACCUGGUAAACCUGGCCUUUCCUCUCUGCCUUUGGCUUUGUCUGUUCCAUCCUCCUCUCCCUUUCCCUUGCCCUCUGUUCUGUCUUCUGCAGGUCUUGGCUGGUGUCGGGAAAGAGAUCCCAUCCCAUGGCCUCCCACUCUAGGGAGCCAGGGCUCCUGCCCUGUAGAUCCUGUGACAUGGUUUUCCGCUCCUGGGCCCUGUUGGCCACUCACACUCAGCGCUUCUGCAUUGGCCGUCUGACCCGGGAGGUGACAGUUGGAGCACAGCCCUCAAUAACUACUGAACCACAGGCCCAAGAACACCAGAGCCUCCCAGACGAGGCGGCCAGCAAAUUGGCCCUGAAGAGGCUAACAGAGGAGGUGCAGCGGCUACGGCUGUUCCUGCAGGAAAUGCCAUUCUGGAUAACAGAGGUACCCAGAGGGUUACAGGGGCCCUGGAGGCGUUCAGAGGCGCCGACUCGGGGUCCCACCUACAAGGCUGCUGAGAGCCCCGACCAGCGGCUGCGGUCUCUGCACUGGACGCAUGCAAGGCGCAUGGCAGACUCGGAGGCACAGAGCCGGGCCCUGGAGCGACGCGGCGAGGAACUGAGACGUCGCCUCCAAGGUUUGGCCCGGACCCGGGACGGGAAAUCACGCCUAUUUUGCCUGGAACGGGAGCUUCGAGAACUCCGGGCAGAGGCCGGGCGAACGCGGGGAGCUCUAGAAGUAUUAGGGGCGCACAUUCAGCAGCUGCAGACCGAGCCCGGGACCCGGCUGAACUCCUUGGGAGAGGCGGAACUGUGUUGUUCGGCGCUACAGGCCAUCCCAGGGACUCUGGCUGCGGAGAUCGGGGCCUUGCGUGGGGCCUACAUUCGAGGCGGGGGCCGGGACGCCGGCGUUCUGGGCUGGAUGUGGCAGUUGCAAGUGGAGGCGUCAGCUCUGGAGCUUUGGCGGUCGCGGACCCGUAGGGGAAGACGGACAGGUGCCAUGUCGAAGGAGCUUCUAGUAGUGGAAGCUGAAAACCAGCGCCUGGAGGCAGAAAUCCUGGCUUUGCAGAUGCAGAGGGGCGCAGGCCGGGUGCCCUGGGGGCCAGGGGAGCUGAGACUUGUGGCCAAUCCCAGCCCACACCUGAGAAGGAGGGAAGAUUCCCCAAGCCUCCAGCCGCCAGUGGCUCCACCGCUGCCACCGCUUUCAAACUCCACAGGCGCCUUAUUCUGGGGUGGCGCCGAAAAGGCUCCGCAGCUUCCUGGAGCCAUGACCAGGAACCUAGGCCUGGAUCCACACUUCCUCCUGCCCACAACUGAUGUUCUGGGCCCUGCACCCUACGACCCUGGGGCUGGUCUUGUCAUUUUCUAUGACUUCCUGCGGGGCCUUGAGGCUUCUUGGAUUUGGGUGCAACUAAAGACUGGCUUGGCCCAAGAUGGACAGAAUACAGGAGGGACCACAACGUUGCCCCCAGCCCUUUGCUUGCCCCCACCUCCAGCUCCUGGGCCCAUGGGCAACUGUGCCAUCCUUGCCAGCAGGCAGCCUAUACCCAGACUACCACCCUCACCAUCAGUAUCCUUGGUCUGUGAGCUCCAGGCCUGGCAGGGGCUGGCAUGGGCUAAGGCACCACAGCCAAAGGCCUGGGCCUCACUGAUGCUAUUUGACAAGGAUCAGAGGGUGCUAAGUGGUCACUGGCGGCUCCCACUUAGGGCCCUUCCUCUGGACCCCAGCCUUAGCCUUGGGCAGCUGAAUGGGAUUCCCCAGGUGGGUCAGGCUGAGCUCUUUCUGCGGCUGGUGAAUGCAAGAGAUGCAAGUGUCCAGACCCUGGCAGAGAUCAAUCCAGCAAACACCCACGAGUACCAGUACCCACCUCUGGUGUCCAGCUCAUCUUCACUGGAAGCCAGCUCUUUUGCCCCAGCAUCUGGCUUUGUAGAUCCCCCUCCACCUGAAGAGCCCCUCAGUGGCGUCAAACAUAGAGAUGAGGGUUGGGGCCCUCACCAUGGCUUUGACCCACCCCCACUGGCUUCCUGAGUCCAGGAGAAAGUGGGUAUGAGUAGCUUCACGUGCACAGGACUAGGGCCUAGUCUCAGACCUGCAGCUUCACAACGCCAGGUUCUGACAGAUCUGGAAGCAAAUAGCAGAUGUGAGUAUAAAACAUGAGCUCCAACCACAGCUACUUCUGCCAAGUACUUGGCCUUUCUUUACUAUUCUCCUUGUUUUUUUAAAAAAAAAAAUUGAUGUGAGGAUUAAAUGAGUAUGUCAGGUAUUUGCAGUACUGCCUGGCAUGUAAGUAUUUUGAAAGGUGA